UUCCUCUGGAGCCCUGCUAUCAGGAAUGAGUAUAGAAAUCCCCGAGGGCUUGACGGAGCUUUUACAGAGCUUUACGGUGGAGGUGUUGAGGAACCAGCCGCGGGAUCUUUUGGAGUUCGCCCUGCAGUAUUUCACUCAGCUGAAGGAGAACGAAGCGAGGGCGGCCGCUUUCGGCAAUGAGCAGCAUCCGGCUCUGCGCGCGGCCAAAGCCGUUAACUUCCUCGAGGAGGCCAUGCAGAUCGACUCAGAGAACGGAGAGGACGAGGAUGACGAUGAGGAAUUCGUAGCGCCAGUCAUAAAUAGAUUCAUAAGACGACCUUCUGUGUGUGCAGAGGCCUUUAACCCAGAUGAGGAGGAAGAAGACAAAGAGCCCAGGGUGACUUACCCAAAAACAGAUGAACAGAGACAAAGACUACAGGAGGCCUGCAAAGACAUACUUCUUUUUAAAAAUCUUGACCAGGAGCAAAUAUCCCAAGUCCUGGAUGCCAUGUUUGAGAAGACCGUUUCUACUGGGGAACACAUUAUUGAUCAAGAUGAUGAUGGAGACAACUUUUAUGUCAUUGAAAGGGGGACUUUUGACAUCCUUGUGAAGUCAGAGGGCACCACAAGAACAGUGGGCUCAUACGACAACCGUGGGAGUUUCGGGGAGCUGGCGCUGAUGUAUAACACCCCGCGCGCCGCCACUAUUGUUGCUACCUCACCUGGUGCCCUGUGGUGCCUAGACCGAUUGACAUUCAGAAGGAUCAUUGUAAAAAACAAUGCCAAGAAGAGGAAAAUGUAUGAAGCUUUCAUUGAGACCCUUCCACUGCUCACAUCUUUGGAGGUCUCAGAAAGAAUGAAGGUGGUGGAUGUCUUAUCAUCCAAAGUGUACAACAAUGGAGAGCAGAUCAUUGCACAAGGUGACCUGGCAGACUGUUUCUACAUUGUAGAGUCAGGUGAGGUUAGAAUCACCAUGAAGAGGAACCGGUUGAAAACAGAUUCUGAGCAUGAGGAGGUGGACAUCGCCACAUGCACUAGAGGGCAGUACUUUGGAGAAUUAGCCCUUGUUACAAACAAGCCAAGGGCCGCUUCUGCAUAUGCUGUGGAAAACGUCAAGUGCUUAGUAAUGGAUGUCCAGGCAUUUGAGAGGUUACUGGGGCCAUGCAUGGACAUCAUGAAGCGCAACAUUGCGAACUAUGAAGAGCAGUUGGUCACCCUCUUUGGGAGUCAAAUGGAAAUAGAAGAGCCAAGUGCAUAAAAUUAAAAAUAACAAACAUGCUCCAAUGCAACAUAUUUAAAAGGUAAAUAAUGGUGAGUACAGGUCUCUCACUAUUGUUCAGAUGCCAUAUGAUCAUAACUUUUGAACUUUAAAGUUAUUGUUUUGCAAAACAAAGUGAAGCUAUGGUGUGUCAGUGAUAGUGAUUUUUACAUGUAGGAAAAAUUAACAGGUUACGCGGAGUUUUUUUGGGGAGGGGGAGUUAAUUUUUCGUUAG